GGCAAAGGGUAACUACGAUCGCCGUGUGACGUUGGAUAAUGAUCGAAGAAAGCCUGGACGAAGAGUCUCUCAUGGACGUUCGCGCCAAAACAGGGAAGAAUAGGCGCGAACGCUCGGCGAACACGGCACACUGCGGUCACAACGAUGGCCGGAAGAAGAGGCGGAGAUUUGCAUUCAGUUCAGAAACCACAAUUCCAACAUCCAGCGAGCCUCAGAAGCUUCCUUCAUCGAAAAGGUCCAAGCCAGUUCGUUCUCCCUCUCGAACUUCACGAAAGUACGAGAAGAGGAGGUCGAGUGAGUCGGAUGGUCAUCGUCGAUGGGUGUACUCUACUCGUGAUUGCUCAAGAUUUAUAGAUAAGAUUAUGGUUGCUUCAUAUAAUAUAUUAGGAGUGGAAAAUGCAUUGAAGCAUCCAGAUUUGUAUCAUAGAGUGCCUUCCAAAUUCAUGGAUUGGAGUUUCCGGAAAGAGCUUAUAUGCAAUGCAAUUAAAUUUUACAAUGCAGGCAUCUUAUGCUUGCAGGAGGUUGACCGUUUUAAUGAUUUGGAUGAACUUUUCCAAAAUUAUGGCUACAAAAGUGUUUACAAGGCUAGAACUGGUGAAGCAAAUGACGGGUGUGCUUUAUUUUGGAUUGAAAAACUGUUUACCCUUUUGCAUCAAGAAAGUAUAGAGUUCCAGAGUUUUGGGCUACGUAACAAUGUUGCUCAACUAUGUGUUUUUAAGAUGAAUAAACCUAAAUCAAAGUCCAAAACAAGUCGAAGCUUUGUGAUUGGGAACAUACACGUUCUUUUCAACCCAAAUCGAGGAGACAUUAAGCUCGGGCAGGUCAGACUGUUUCUUGAAAAAGCUCAUAGCCUCUCACAAAGAUGGGGAAACAUACCUGUUAUUAUGGCCGGGGAUCUGAAUAGCAUACCAAAGAGUGCAAUAUAUCAGUUUUUGGCUUCAUCAGAGCUGGAUAUACAACUGCAUGACCGCAGAAAGAUUUCAGGGCAGCUUGAUUUUUCAUCAUCACGCGGAGCCUUCAGAUUUUGUAGUGAGGGUACAAAAUGGUCCAAUGUUUCAGCCUCAAGGUCCUUCAGAUGGAGUGGUGAGGAAAUAAGGAUCGCAUCUGGUAUCGAGAACGUUACCUGUCUUCAGCACCAUUUAAAGCUUUCCAGUGCAUACUAUGGGGUUCCUGGAAGUUGUAAAACAAGAGAUGCUAAUGGAGAACCUUUAGUAACUUCAUUCCACUCCAACUUUAUGGGAACUGUCGAUUAUAUAUGGCACUCAGAAAAACUUGCCCCUGUUAGGGUUCUGGAAACAUUGCCUAUUGAUGCAUUAAAAAGGACUGGAGGACUUCCUAAUGAGAAAUGGGGCAGUGAUCAUCUUGCUCUUGUGUGCGAACUGGCUUUUGAUGACGAACACAAUGUGACUUGACUAAUUAGCCGCACCAGCUUGAAGCAUCUCCUUAAUUUUGGUUGAAUGGAGGUCGUUUCUUCUCCCUUUCCUUUUUGUAGUUUUUGACUAAUUACUUGUAUUAUUCUGGGGAAAUAGCAUAUCAAUCCUUAAGAAACUGCGUCGAACCUUCCAAGUAACGUCAUAGAUACAGAUUGGUUCUUGAAAAAUUGUCGUCUAACUCCUUGGAUUUGUUAUGUUGAUAGGAACUUGGUUUUAACUAUUGAUAACAUCCCUCCAUUUAGCCUU